AUGCUAUAGAAGUGACCUUGAAGUGUUUAACUCGUUCCAUGGAACUUUCCUGCCUCACCUGAGAGUAGAGGAGGUGAGAGACAGCCCUUUCUGGGAAAAUAACACCAUUUAGUCUCCUCCCCCAAAGCUUAAAAUAAGAGCACACACACUCUUCUCUCUCACACACAAAGUUUAAUCGUCGGAUAGUUGGUCGCUGUGCUGAAAAUAUUCCAGAACCUCUUCCUGACCUACGCUCCUAAGCACAGAUCUAGGAUCAGCUCAUCCUCAUCAAAUCCAAACCAGGACGUUUAGAAUUCACAAGGGGAACACUGACCUCAGACCAGCGUUUAAACCCCACGUCUUCCUGCCUAGACACUGACUCUCUGUCCAGAGUUCCUCUGUGCUCCAGCCGUAUAUCCAUCCAUCCAUCCAUCCACACCCCAGCCAUCCAGCCAUGGGUCUGAUGAGCGAGGACAUGGAGUGCUGCGUCUGCCUCCAGCCCUACUCUCGUAGGGAGAAGAUCCCUCGGAUGCUCCACUGUAAGCACACAUUCUGUGGGCUGUGCUUGCAGGCGAUGUCCAGGCUCCAGAGCGGCCUACCGACAGUAUGCUGCCCCCUGUGCCGUUGGAUCACCUGCACCGUGCCCAGCCUCACCCUGUCGGGUUCGCUGUGGGUUAACACUGAGAUCUGGGACCAGAUACUAGACACACAACAGGAAGAGGAGGAGGAGGUAGAGGAAGGAGAGUGGAAGGAAGCUAACAGACAGAAACAGACCACUCCACAGUACACAUGGUCUCCAUCAAGGCAUUGUGACCUGAGGCUCAAACUAAAGAAUUUCCUGAGGAGGAUGAAGCACAAUGUACUGUAAACCGAGAAGAAGAAGAGCAGAGAAAAAGAAGACUGGAUUUGACCAUUUCAGAGUAGGAGAUACUCAUUGAGUAAUGAAGCUAAUUCACAAAACAGGACUGACCGGGAUUUUCCCUAAUGAGGCAAGAUUGAACCAAUUAUUCAUAUUCUCUGGGUUUGAUUGACUUUGGGUCUGUAUAGGUCGCCUCUCCUUCCAGUUCUCUGCUGCCAAUGACUGGAACGAACUACAAAAAUCUCUGAAACUGGAAACACUU